GAAGAAGAGCAGUAGCAAAAGUUGCUUAUGAUGCCGGUGAUGGUGCAACAACAAGUCAUUGAAAACAUACAAAUCGCCAAACCCCUUCUAAACCCUCUCUCUAUAUAUACUCGAGCUUCAGUUACACACUGCACACUCAAUUAAACACUCAUCAAGUGAGCUGAGCUAGCAAUCAUGGAGAGCCCCAACAAGAAAUAUGCUCAUAAGCCAGCAGUUUCAUCAACUAAUCGAGGAUCGACCAAAAACACCACUGGUGUGUUUCAGCCAUCCUUCAGCAGUAGCAGCAGCAGUAACAAUUCCUUUUCGGGAGUUGUUAACAAGUCUUGGAUAAAAGAAAACACUAAGCCAUCAGAGUUCAGACUCCAUUCGCAGCAACGAGCAGCACAGCGCAAACUAUUCGACUCCACUGUUGCAAUCAAGUUCUACAUCAUAGAGCAGCACAAGAAGCAAGUAGAGAAAGUGCUCAAGGUGAUCGAGGAGGAGGAGGUUCGAAUGCUGAGACGUGAGAUGGUUCCUCGAGCACAGCUAAUGCCACUCUUCGACAAACCAUUCUCACCUCAACGAUCGACCAGGCCGUUGACAGUCCCUCGCGAGCCAAGCUUCAAGAUGGCUGCCUGCAAGCACGACUGCAGCUGCAGAUAAAUAACAUUUCAGAAUUAUCCAAGACGACUAAUCAGUAGGAUCAUGCUUAGAUUUGAAUUUGUGAUGGUGCACUUAAUUUUCCUGAUUUGCUCCCAUAAAGCUUGUAUUUUUUGAGUGAGAUUGGAAUAAACAGACAUGUACUCGAAAA